GGCUGUGAAAGGCUCGAGGCUGUGCUGGGAAAUGAGUUUUCCUCAGACUUGAGGCCAGGAGGACCGGCACACGGAAGGGGACGAAGAAUCCAGGGUGUGGCAGAAGACUCUGAAGGGAAGCUAAGGGGGACGGAUCCAGUGAGACGUCCGGGGCAACAAACAAGGUUCUGAAAAUGGACCGACCUGUGAGGCCCAGAUUGGCCUCUCUCAGUGACUUUCAGUUUGGAGCUGUUGCCACAGAGACGAUCGAAGACGCUCUGCUCCACUUGGCCCAGCAGAAUGAGCAAGCCGUGCAGGAGGCUGCGGGCCGGAUGGGCAGCUUCAGGGAGACCCGGAUCGUGGAGUUUGUUUUUCUCCUGUCUGAACAAUGGUGUCUGGAGAAAUCCGUGAGCUACCAGGCUGUAGAAAUCCUAGAAAGGUUUAUGGUUAAGCAGGCAGAGAACAUCUGCAGGCAAGCCACAAUCCAGCUGAGAGAGAAGACAGGGCCUCAGAAUUGGAGGGCUCUGAAAGAGCAGCUUUUCAACAAGUUUAUCCUGCGUCUUGUGUCAUGUGUCCAGCUGGCAAGCAAACUUUCCUUCCACUACAAAAUAAUCAGCAACGUUACAGUCCUGAAUUUCCUCCAGGCUCUAGGGUAUCUACACACUAAAGAAGAACUGCUGGAGUCAGAGCUUGAUGUUUUGAAGUCCCUGAACUUCCAAAUCAAUCUGCCUACUCCCCUGGCAUAUGUGGAGAUGCUCUUGGAGGUUUUAGGAUACAACGGCUGUUUGGUGCCAGCCACACAGCUGUAUGCAACCUGCCUGAACCUACUGGACCUAGUCUAUCUUCUCCAUGAACCUGUAUAUGAGAGCCUGCUGAGGGCUUCAAUUGAGAACUCCACACCCAGUCAGCUGCAAGGGGAAAAGUUUAUUUCCGUGAAGGAAGACUUCAUGCUGUUGGCAGUAGGAAUCAUUGCAGCAAGUGCUUUCAUCCAAAACCAUGAGUGUUGGAGCCAGGUUGCGGGGCAUUUGCAAAGCAUCACUGGCAUUGCCUUGGAGAGCAUUGCCGAACUCUCUUAUGCAAUCCUGACUCACAGCGUGGGAGCCAGCACUCCAGGUCGACAGCGGCCUGUUCCACCCCACCUGGUGGCCGGAGCACUGAGGGCUGCGACUUCUCCAACACAUGAGGCCGGCGGAAUCCGCCCAAAAUAAACAGCCUUCUGUC